AAAAAAUUAAACUAUGGUUAGACUUUUACUUUAAAAAAAAAAAAACAACCAGCCACCUUCACCCAGCCGUUGCCACCUCCUUCACAGUCAAACAGCCAGUGCGCCCCCUUCACCAUCAACCAGCCGACGACACUAGCCGCCGCCGCAACCUUUACCUUCAACCUUCAACCAACCACCACCACCACCUCUACCCUCAUUCUUACCCCAACCUUCAACCAGCCGCCACCACCACGUCUACCCUCAUUCUUACCCCAAGCCAAAACCCCCCACCAGACCAAGACCCGACACCUCCUUCAGACCUAGAACUAGACCACCGCUCCUCCUUCCACCAUAGCCCAUAACCCUCCUUUUCUAUCUCCUCUGAGUCUUCUCUCCGCCAACAACAACCUGAAACCACCCCACCUAGCUACCCAAAUCUGAAAGUGAUUUCGGUUCAGGUGGGGGUUACUGGGUUUGGUUUUCAAGCGAGGGUGGUUUCAAUUCAUCUAGUGGCGGGUGAGGGGGAUGGGAAGGGGGCAGAAACUGGUCAAGAUUUGGGGCGUUCGACGGUAUAAAAUGGUUGUGGGGUUUGGGUUCGGUGAUCUAGGGGUUUGGGUUCGGCGAUCUGGGGGUCUGGGGGUGGUCAUCGUUCCAAUUUCGGCAGUCUAGAGGUGGUCAGGCAGUAGGUCGCCAGCAGUGAAAGGGAAGGAGGAUAGGGUGGCUGAUUGGUGGAGAUGGUGGUGUGGGUGGAUGGGUUGGUGGUUGUUAUUUUUUUAAAGUGUUAUUUUUUAAAAAAAAAAUUAACCAUAGUUAAUUUUAAUUAACUAUUUAAUGAAAUAAUGUUAUUAGGGGGAUAAAAUUCUUAACUAAGGUCAUUUUGUAUAAUAAAAAAAAAGGGAGGUUACCAUUGGUGCGUAGCAAAAGUUAGGGAUUACCAUUAAGAAUUCCCCUUUCAUUAAAAAAAAAAUGCAAUAAUGGGGGAAAUUAGCCACUCCAUUGAUAACCAAUUAGAAAAACUCUUCACCCUACUGAAACAAACUCUGAAAAUUUCCAUGAAAAAAACCCAUAUCACUAGCUAUAUAAUUCUUAGCUCUCUCCCUUUUCUCUUCCUUAUGAUUUACUUUGAAAUACUUUUUGAAAAAUCAUUAACAAAAACUUUCAACUUCAAAACUCCUCUCUCAUAUUCCCAAAAGUUUAGGAAAAUUUCUGAGGAGUUGAUAGAUUAUCCAUUUCCAGCUUUAAUCUACCUCUUCCUCCUGCGCGUACUAGAUUUCCUUGCUGCUACCCUGACCAUUGUUCUGUCAUCGAAGAUGUACGAAGACAGUCCUGUGUCUGAAACCAUCAGCCUCAAAGAAUUGAUCGUAAGACAAUCCAUCAUCAGCAGCAGAGAAAGGUUGAAAGGCGCAUUUGUUACAUGUUUGUAUGCUUUGUUUCUUUCCACUUGUCUUUCACUUGGAUUCAUUCUGCUAGUAUUGAGCUACUACAGCUUUGGUUCAAACUGUUAUUACCUGAAUUUUACACUAGUCUAUGUGCCUGUUUUUAAUGGAUUGUUGCCUAAGUACUUGGCAUUGAAUGCUGUUUGGAAUACAAGUGUGGUGGUUUCGGUCUUGAAAGAGAUUCAUGGGAUUGAUGCGUUGAACCUUUCGUUUUACCUGUGCAAAGGGAAUGAAAAGCUCGGAGGAAAAUUGAUGCUGGUUUUCCUUGUAUGGGGUUUUGGUCUAAGGAUUUCUUGCAUGUUUUUUGAUGAUGGGAAGAUUGGAGUUAUAGGGAGAACUAGCUUGCUUUGGUUGGCGAUUUUGAUCAAGUGGAUAGCGUGUGUUUUGUAUUAUCAUCACUGUAAGGGGAGUAAGGCUUUAGGAAGAUCGGUCACUUCUAACAAUCGCUUUGAUGACAAACACCCUCAUGAAGAAGCUAAAUUAACCACAAUUAUGGUUUCAGACGGCGGAUUACAGACAAUAAGAGCAGACGCCAAUAUUGCGGAUGAUUAAGAUGAGGAAAUCCCUCCAAGAAGUUGCUAAAUUGGUGUAUAUUGUAUCCCUUAAUUACCUAUCUAAUCUCAAACGGAAAUUAAUUACAAAUUAUCUGUGGUUUAUAUUGUAUCUUCUGGUAUUAUCUGUGGUAUUAACAAGUGUCUUAGAGACUGAAAAGUUCAAUGGUGCAAAAAAAUAGAGAUAAGGGGAGUAUAAGUUUAGACAUGUUCUUAGGGAAGCAAACUU